CUCACACACACACGUCUCUCUCUCUCCCCACGCAUUUCUUGCUGGGUACUCGCAUGUCUUACCUUCUCCUCCCAUCUAUUCUUAUUUCAUACACACAUCAUUCUCCCCCUUUGCCAUUGCCAAUCCUACGAGUACCAUCAAUAUAUCAUAUCCUCCCGUCCCCGUGCUGUUGAAUAACCAGGCGUUACCUCGGCCUCUACAUUCCCUUCCCCAUUAGCGUCAUAGCGGGGCGGAAACCCAUCUACGAACGAGCUUUGUCCACCGCCCAUUCGACUCACCUCUUCAUACAUUAACUUGCUUCAUAUCACUUUGGCGGCAGUAUCAGCGAACGAGGCCGUUUUGGCCUUGAGCAAUUGGCCAUCAUGUCGUGGAAACGAUCAGAGAAGCUGAUGGACACCAUCAAGCACUACAGCAAUUUCCCUGCGACCGGUGUCUCAUUACGGCAGAUGGUACAGUUCGGGGAGAGACCAUCCACCGGAACUCUCUUCCGCGCGUCACAGUUUCUCUCCGAAGAGCUCCCCAUACGACUUGCACAUCGCGUGCAAGAAUUACACGACCUCCCCGAUGGCCUCAACGAGAUGCCCUCCAUCCAACGGGUGAGGGAUUGGUAUGCACAGUCAUUCGAGGAGCUCGUCACCCUUCCCCGACCGAACCUUUCGUCCGAUAUCAAAGACCGGCUCCUGCGGCCUGCAAAGAGCAAUGGCAAGACUUCACAGAUGGUUAGCAAGGCGACUCAAAAUCCCAGCAUUGUUAAGGGCCAAUACCGUUCGGCGCCGGAGCAUCACGAUAAUGGAAAUGGAAACGGAAACGGGAAUGGCAACGGCAACGGCGGCCUCCACGGUCCUGGACGACAGGUCAAGGGCGCAACUGCGAACAGACGGUACUUUGUCGCAGCCGAUGACGCGCAGGAAUGGCCGCCGGAGCUGGCCGCAUACAACACCAAGUUCGCCGAGUCGCUGGAGAAGAUCAAGAGGAGGCACGACAGUGUCGUGACGACGGUCGCACAGGGCAUUUUGGAGUGGAAGAGGAAGAAGCAGCGCAUGCAGAUCGACCACAACAUCCAGGCCUUCCUCGACCGGUUCUACAUGUCGCGCAUCGGCAUCCGCAUGCUUAUCGGCCAGCACAUCGCCCUUACCGACCAGAAGUUGCGCUCCGACCCGAACUACGUCGGUAUCAUUUGCACGCGGACCAACGUUCGCGAGCUCGCAAUGGAGGCCAUUGAGAACGCGCGAUUCGUCUGCGAGGACCACUAUGGACUCUUCGACGCGCCCAAGGUCCAGCUCGUUUGCAACCCGGACAUCAGCUUCAUGUACGUCCCUGGCCAUUUGUCGCAUAUGCUCUUCGAGACUCUCAAGAACUCGCUCCGAGCCGUCGUGGAGAGACACGGACAGGACAAGGACGAGUUUCCCGUGACGAAGGUGAUCGUAGCCGAAGGCAAGGAAGACAUCACGAUCAAGGUGUCUGACGAGGGAGGGGGAAUCCCGCGCUCCUCAAUCCCGCUCGUCUGGACGUACAUGUACACGACGGUGGAUCAGACACCCAGCCUGGACCCGGAUUUCAACAAGAGUGACUUCAAGGCGCCGAUGGCAGGGUUCGGGUACGGACUGCCGAUAUCAAGACUGUACGCAAGGUACUUUGGCGGCGACCUGAAGCUGAUCAGCAUGGAGGGCUACGGAACCGACGUUUACCUCCACCUCAACCGGCUGAGCUCGUCCUCGGAACCCUUGCAAUAGCAAUUACCAGUCAUGAGGGACGAAUGGAAGAACGCGAUUCGCUCCCAAGGAUUGGCGCCGG